UUACCAAGUGUAAUUUAAAGAUAUCCCAUUUUGUCAUAGUUAUAAUAGUUGACAUGUAGAAUGAAUUGAACAUGGCCGAAAUAGUAAACGGGGAGAGUAAAUCUACAAAACCAAAACCCAAGAAAAGCGUUUUCAUAAAGGUAACUUUUCUCAAAAUUAGUAACAUCGAAACAGUCAAAGAGCAGUUCUCAGCAGACGUCUUUAUCAAAGCAAGAUGGCGGGAACCAAGUUUGGAUCAUAGCAAGGUUUCUGAUAAUUUGAAGUUAGAUCAGUAUUGGAGCCCUAAGUUAGUAGUGCAGAAUGUCCUUGGUAGUCCUAAACAAUCAUCAUGGAAAGAACUUAACUUUGGUAAAGGAGGAGAGGCGUUUAUUGUUGAAAAGAGAAGGAUCAAAGGUUCUUUUGCGGAAAUGCUGGAACUAAGAAACUUUCCGUUCGAUUUUCAGGAUAUAAGUGUAGUAAUUACAUCAGAACAUCCUAUCCAAGAGCUUGAAAUAUUAGAGGACGAACAAGAGCUUAGCUCGAUGAACGUAUCAUGUUUUGUGGAUGUUCAAGAAUGGGAACUAAAAGACUUUGUUGUAACAGAAGCUAAACAGAUGACAAAAGAAUUCUCCGAAACUAAAAAUAUAUCAUUUCCGUUAUUGACAGUGAAAACUUUAGCUGUCAGACAAUUUGGUUUCUUCGUAUGGAAUAUACUAAUUAUAAUGACCAUCAUCAGCUUGUUAUCAUUUACAACAUUUGCUGUCGAUAACACUAAACCACAGAACAGAUUACAGCUAGGGUUUACAUUAACAUUGACGGGCGUUACCUUCAGAUUUGUGACCAAUCAGAGUUUACCUAAGAUAUCGUAUCUUACUAAAUUGGAUGUGUACAUAUUAUUUUGCAUGAUAUUCAACUUUUGCAUCAGUAUAUGGCACGCGGUUAUAACCCGUUUUAAUGACAACUCAGACCAAGAUUCAAUGGACUAUUGGGCAUUUAUUAUCUUUAUAAUUAUAUACAGCGUCUUCCAAUUGAUAUACUUCAUGAUAGUCGUCGGAAGUUAUUUCUGGAGAAGAAGCAAGGUACAGCAACAAGAAAAGGAAUACCAGGAGAAAGCAGUUAAGCUGAUAGGAGAAUCAUGGAAAAGCAAUAGAAAAAUAACAAGCAGAUCAAAAGUUAGAGAUGGUCGAGCAUCCCUUUUCUUUGGAUAAAACAUACCAAGGAAAUUAUUGUUUCACAGUAUUUGUAAAAAGAAUAGAAAACGAUGCAAUUUUAUAGACAACGUCGGUGCGUGUAAGUUCGCAAAGAAAUCAAAAUGUAUGCAAAAUUAAAAGAAGAAUCUUUGCAUUGAACAUUUUAAACGCAAAACUAUUCAUUAAAUAAUUAGAUAUUCACAUUUUUAAAAGCAAACCUUUGAUUGAAAAGGACAAUUGUUUAAGUUUGUGUUAUUUUUAUGUGCCUUCAGACGUUUUUUUCUUAGUUUAUUUACUAUAUCAUAUUGAUGUUUAUCAUUUCAUGUCAUGGAAAGCAUUAUGUACAUGUACGGAUCAUUAACAUAUUGAGAUUUGUAAAAUGUCUAUUGUAACGUUUGACUAUUUUGUUUAAUAUAUAAUGAUUAUUCAGGUAUUUCUUGAAACUGUCUUCUUAAUUCAUUCGUCAGGACAAAUCAACCAUAGAUAAAUAUGUUCAGUAUACUUUUAACUUGUAAAUUUAACUCACUGGGUUAUCCAUCGUCACUUUAUUGAUUCAAUUAAUCAUGAAAAUAAGUAUUCCCGUAUCAUGGCGCGCAUAAUUAAAAUAUUUUAAAAUUGUUAUAUAUUCUUCCAAUAUUAAAGAUUAACAAAUAUUUACAACCUUU